UUCGUCUACGGGUUGGGACAUACUGUCAAUGGCUCAAAGGUGAAGGCAAUGCUUGGAGAAGGGUCAUGGCUCCCUACCAUAAAUGUGUUUGCAGAAAAACUUGGACCCCUUGGAUUUGACACUUUUUGCAUGCUCAUUGUCAAUUUCAUGCACGAAAUUGAGCUAGGCACAUGGAAAGCGCUGUUCACCCAUCUCAUGCAUCUGCUCUACGCACUCCCAAAUGGUGACCGGCUAUUCGCCAAUAAUACCUUGGAAAUGAAAUGGCUCGCAGCAAGGGACUUUGAUGAUAUUUUACAGGUU